AUGGGAACUGCUUGCUGGGAUGGGAAGGUCUCUAGAACGUGUCACGACCACAGCAAGCAGGGCGACUAUAGCAAGCAUGACGACCACAGCAAGCAGGGCGACUGUAGUAAGCAGGACGACCACAGCAAGCAGGGCGACUGUAGUAAGCAUGACGACCACAGCAAGCAGGACGACCACAGCGAGCAGGGCGACUGUAGUAAGCAUGACGACCACAGCAAGCAGGACGACCACAGCGAGCAGGGCGACUGUAGUAAGCAUGACGACCACAGCAAGCAGGACGACCACAGCGAGCAGGGCGACUGUAGUAAGCAUGACGACCACAGCAAGCAGGACGACCACAGCGAGCAGGGCGAAUGUAGUAAGCAUGACGACCACAGCAAGCAGGACGACCACAGCGAGCAGGGCGACUGUAGUAAGCAUGACGACCACAGCAGGCAGGGCGACUAUAGUAAGCAUGACGACCACAGCAAGCAGGACGACUAUAGUGAGCAGGACGACCACAGCAAGCAGGACGACUAUAGUAAGCAUGACGACCACAGCAAGCAGGACGACUAUAGUGAGCAGGACGACCACAGCAAGCAGGGCGACUAUAGUAAGCAGGACGACCACAGCAAGCAGGACGACUAUAGUAAGCUUGACGACCACAGCAAGCAGGGCGACUAUAGUAAGCAUGACGACCACAGCAAGCAGGACGACUAUAGUAAGCAUGACGACCACAGCAAGCAGGACGACUAUAGUGAGCAGGACGACCACAGCAAGCAGGGCGACUAUAGUAAGCAGGACGACCACAGCAAGCAGGACGACUAUAGUAAGCUUGACGACCACAGCAAGCAGGGCGACUAUAGCAAGCAUGACGACGACAGCAAGCAGGACGACCACAGCAAGCAGGACGACCACAGCAAGCAGGACGACUAUAGUGAGCAGGACGACCACAGCAAGCAGGGCGACUAUAGUAAGCAGGACGACCACAGCAAGCAGGACGACUAUAGUAAGCUUGACGACCACAGCAAGCAGGACGACUAUAGCAAGCAUGACGACCACAGCAAGCAGGACGACCACAGCAAGUUUCACGAGCUUUGA